AGAAGAGAACACAGCGCAGAGAUUGGUUGAGGAACAAAGAUUCAUUCAUUCGGUAGACCUCUGAAGCUAAGACGGCGCAUGUGGUUAGUGUUCUGACAGAUCAAAACUUUUUUAUCGUUUACAAAACAUCGAGAGUGGAUGCCGGAGUUAACGAAGAGAAUAAUUAGGCCUGUUUUUAUUUUUGCGUCUUUGGUCAAGGUUUAAAGAUUAAAUAACACAGUUGGUACAAUUAGACGGAUUUUGUCAGUGUUGCCGAUUGCUCCCUACGCCAGAUUUCCUGACUAACCAAGCGUGGGCUGCAUCUCGUGAAAGCCAUUUUCUGCUAGAUUACCGCUUGAAAUUAAGUACAUAACUUUCAGCGACGCGCUACAAGAACUCCAACGGAGUAAGAGAGAUUCUGGUGCACUUCGCCCGCUCAGAUAUAUUCGCCAUGGAUCACUCCGGCUCGCAACUGGCAGAAAUGGACGCUCGCAAUAACAUGGAGAAAAUACAACCCAAAAUUGAAAUGAUGGAUUCAACGGAGGAGAAAAACUCCGGAGAUGAAGCUCCCAGCACUACAACAGACAUUAAUGGACCAGCGUCCCCUAACAGCCAAAAAAAGAAGGGAGCUAUGGGGGUCAGACGCUCGGAGAAGCCGCCUUAUUCUUACAUAGCACUGAUCGUAAUGGCCAUCCAGGCCGCCCCUACCAAGCGCUGUACUCUGAGCGAGAUCUACCAGUUUCUCCAGCAACGAUUCCCGUUUUUCAGGGGCUCCUACCAAGGCUGGAAAAACUCAGUACGGCAUAACCUGUCUCUGAACGAGUGCUUUAUCAAGUUACCUAAAGGGCUAGGGAGGCCAGGCAAGGGGCAUUAUUGGACUAUAGACCCGGCAGCAGAAUUCAUGUUCGAAGAGGGUUCGUUCCGUCGCCGUCCCCGAGGGUUUCGUCGUAAGUGCCAGGCACUGAAACCGUUCGGUUUCAACAGCAUGGCCGGUUUGGGUGGACCAUAUGACAUGCUUCACCAUCAGAACCAAGGCAUGCAGAACCACAUGAACAUGGCGUGCGCCAUGAACGCCAUGAACACGUCGCACGCGCAAUACGACGCCAACAGCAUGAUGAACAUGAACUACGCCAACCACCACCAGCAACAGUACUCCAGCAACGCCUGCAUGGCCAUGAGCCCGCACUACCCCUCAAACUACGCCACCACCGCCCCAGAGGCUCCCUACGCUUCCAUGGCAACGACAAGUAACUCAGUGUCUCCCCCGGGUGGUAUGACGCCCGGGAACGUUUUUGACAGUCACAGCCACCACUCUGUCAUGGGCAGCCCGUCCCUGUGGUCACAGAGGUACCCCAUCAAGCAGCAGGCGCUCAGUCCCAGUGGCAGUACGGGGUCCAUGCAGAGCCUCUCUCCCGUAGGCAGCGAUACCAGUCUCUAUGGCAAGGGCCCCAUAACAAACGGAGAGGCUAUGGAUCUAGCCGUAUCUGCAGCGGUCACAGGUAUGCGACUCCAGACCAACCCCCAGAACGCUUUCCCUGGGAUGCAGGACCGCAAACCCUACUUCCAACCCCCCACCGUCAACGCCGUCCCGUCCCCCCUGGCUCCGGGCUCCACGCUGCAGCAUGGCGGAUAUUACGACAAAUGUAUGAUUUGAUCCCCGGGGUCUAGAGACUUUCUUUGAUGAUUAAAAAGCAGAGAAGUCGUGUGAAUUGAUUCUUCCACGGACGAUUAUAAAAAACAACGGGCGGACGUUAGAUCGGGAUGUUGCCUAGCAACCAUAAAGCUAGUUUAUGACAAUGAAAGCAAUGUGCAAAAGUAUGAUGAUCUUGAGGGUGAAUAGGACAAGAAAUGAUGGGCAUUUGAGGAAGGUUACCUAUGACCAACGUCGCGUUCUAAAAGUUCAUGCCGUGCUGACGGAAGUCGAGGGAGAUCGUUACGUAACACUGACGCACAUACGGCGGAAGAGAGACCGUCCGGCCGAGGCAGGAGGCGAGAAAGAGACUUUCGUGCGGAUGAGGCGUCUUCGCCCCAGAAAUAAGUCCGCGGGCCGAAAACUGUGGCAAGGAUAACAACGCACAGCUCGCUUGGAUUCAUUUCCAAGAGAGUAAAACACAGGAGCGCAAUAAGGAAAUGAAUAUCUUUGGAAAUAAGACAGCCAUUUUCCAAAACACUUCCAAAACUGUUCGAAAAUUGACUAAUUAAUGAGGAAGCGGAUGCAGGAAUAUUUUUUACGAAACUUUUAUUAUCCUUCUGUGAAAUAGGACUGCGUUUUGUUUUAGAUUACUGUAAAAAAAACUUCACACCAUUUGAGUUCUCGUUUUAUGUUGUCUCGGUGUAUCUGUUAUUUAAAAUAACACCAGUUUGUUAGAUUAAAAUGUAAAAAGGUAUAAUGUACCAUAGUAGAGUGAUAUUUUAUACUCAAGUUUGCGUGUGACAUUUUUAUUUAAAGUGUGUUUUUAUAAAGUGUAAUUUUCUAUGUGCCAAUGAGAAGAAGUCUCGGAGGAAAAGUAAUAAAAAGCUGGCCUAAGUGCAAAUAUGACUUGCCAAAGAUUUGAAUGUAUACACGA